GCCGCCGGCGCCGGCCGAGGGCGAUGGGGCUGGGCUGAGGAGAGGGGGCGGCGGUGGCGAAAGCGCCCCCCCGGCCCCCUGCGGCCUUUUGGCUGCCCCGGCCCGGAGGCCGCCGAGGAGUCCGCACCGCGGCGCGGCUGGUCUGACAGAAGCAUCCUAGGAUCUUGGUGUCUGGGCAUAAGAGUUAUCUUCACCUGUUGUGUGAAGCACAGCACCUUUCAAGCCACUGUAGAAAUGGACAAGGAAGAAAGAAAGACUAUCAACAAGGGUCAAGAAGAUGAAAUGGAGAUUCAUGGCUAUCACUUAUGCCGCUGGAAGCUUGCCAUGGUUUCUGUAGGAGUGAUUUGUACUGGUGGUUUUCUCCUCCUCCUUCUCUACUGGAUGCCUGAGUGGCGAGUGAAAGCCACGUGUAUUAGAGCUGCAGUUAAAGACUGUGAAGUGGUGCUCCUCAGGACAACUGAUGAAUUUAGAACGUGGUUUUGUGCAAAAGUCCACUUUCUUCCUCUGGGAAAUCAACCGAAUUUGAAUGCAAAAUCUUUAGCUAAUAAGGUUUCUAAUGGCCAUGCUGUUCAUUUAACGGAGAAUCUGACUGAAGAAAAUAAAUGCGAGCUAAAUAAAUAUUCACAGACCCAGUCACAGCAGAUGCGUUAUUUUACCCACCAUAGCGUAAGAUAUUUCUGGAAUGAUGCCAUUCACAAUUUUGAUUUCUUAAAGGGACUGGAUGAAGGUGUUUCUUGUACAUCAAUUUAUGAAAAGCAUAGUGCAGGACUGACAAAGGGGAUGCAUGCUUACAGAAAAUUGCUUUAUGGAGUAAAUGAAAUUGCUGUGAAAGUGCCUUCUGUUUUUAAGCUUUUAAUUAAAGAGGUUCUUAACCCAUUUUACAUUUUCCAACUGUUCAGUGUUAUCCUGUGGAGCAUUGACGAAUACUAUUACUAUGCUCUAGCCAUUGUGAUUAUGUCCAUAGUGUCCAUUAUAAGCUCACUAUACUCCAUUAGAAAGCAAUAUGUUAUGUUACAUGACAUGGUGGCGACUCAUAGUACUGUAAGAGUUUCAGUUUGUAGAGUAAAUGAAGAAAUAGAAGAGAUCUUUUCUACAGAUCUUGUACCAGGAGAUGUCAUGAUCAUUCCAUUAAAUGGGACAGUCAUGCCUUGUGAUGCAGUUCUUAUUAAUGGUACUUGCAUUGUAAAUGAAAGCAUGUUAACAGGAGAAAGUGUUCCAGUGACAAAGACUAAUUUGCCAAAUCCUUCAGUGGAUGUAAAAGGAAUUGGGGAGGAGUUAUACAGUCCAGAGACGCAUAAGCGACACACUUUGUUUUGUGGGACGACUGUUAUUCAGACCCGUUUCUACACUGGAGAACUUGUGAAAGCCAUAGUAGUUAGAACAGGAUUUAGUACUUCCAAAGGACAACUUGUUCGCUCUAUAUUAUAUCCCAAGCCAACUGACUUUAAGCUCUAUAGAGACGCCUACUUGUUUCUGUUGUGUCUUGUGGUGGUGGCUGGCAUUGGCUUUAUCUACACCAUCAUCAACAGCAUUUUAAAUAAGAAAGAAGUUCAGGAAAUAAUUAUUAAGUCUCUUGAUAUCAUUACAAUUACUGUGCCACCUGCACUUCCUGCUGCCAUGACUGCUGGGAUUGUAUAUGCUCAGAGAAGACUGAAAAAAGUUGGAAUUUUCUGUAUUAGUCCCCAGAGGAUAAAUAUCUGUGGGCAGCUGAAUCUUGUUUGCUUUGACAAGACUGGAACUCUUACCGAAGAUGGUUUAGAUCUGUGGGGAAUUCAGCGAGUGGAAAAUACCAGAUUUCUUUUACCAGAAGACAAUGUUUGCAGUGAGAUGAUGGUAAAAUCUCAAUUUGUUGCUUGCAUGGCUACUUGUCAUUCACUUACAAAAAUUGAAGGAGUUCUUUCUGGUGACCCACUAGAUUUGAAAAUGUUUGAAGCCAUUGGAUGGAUUCUGGAAGAAGCAACUGAAGAAGAAACAGCACUUCACAACCGAAUCAUGCCCACUGUGGUUCGUCCUUCCAAACAGCUGCUUCCUGAGUCAACAACUGCAGGAAACCAAGAAAUGGAGCUGUUUGAACUUCCAGCUAUUUAUGAGAUAGGAAUUGUUCGCCAGUUCCCAUUUUCUUCUGCUUUACAACGGAUGAGUGUGGUUGCAAGGGUCCUAGGCGAUAAGAAAAUGGAUGCGUACAUGAAGGGAGCCCCUGAGGUCAUUGCCAGUCUGUGUAAACCUGAGACAGUUCCAGUUGAUUUUGAGAAGGUUUUAGAAGACUAUACCAAACAAGGCUUCCGUGUAAUUGCUCUUGCACACAGAAAAUUGGAGUCGAAACUGACAUGGCAUAAAGUACAGCAUAUUAACAGAGAUGCCAUUGAAAACAACAUGGAUUUUAUGGGAUUGAUUAUAAUGCAGAACAAACUAAAGCAGGAAACCCCUGCAGUACUUGAAGAUUUGCAUAAAGCCAACAUUCGAACUGUCAUGGUCACAGGUGACAACAUGUUGACGGCUGUGUCUGUGGCCAGAGACUGUGGAAUGAUUCUACCUCAGGAUAAGGUCAUCAUUGCUGAAGCAUUACCUCCAAAGGAUGGGAAAGUUGCCAAGAUCAAUUGGCACUAUACAGACUCCCUGACACAGGGUAACGAAUCAUCAGCAAUUGACUCAGAGGCUAUUCCAAUUAAACUUGCUCAUGAUAGCUUAGAGGAUCUUCAGCUGACUCGCUACCAUUUUGCGAUGAAUGGAAAGUCUUUUUCAAUUAUAUUGGAACAUUUUCAAGAUCUUGUUCCUAAGUUGAUGUUGCAUGGCACCGUGUUUGCUAGAAUGGCACCAGAUCAGAAGACACAGUUGGUGGAAGCAUUGCAGAAUGUAGAUUACUUUGUUGGGAUGUGCGGUGAUGGUGCAAAUGAUUGUGGUGCUUUGAAGAGGGCACAUGGUGGCAUUUCCUUAUCUGAGCUUGAAGCUUCUGUGGCAUCUCCUUUUACUUCUAAGACACCCAGUAUCUCCUGUGUGCCAAACCUCAUCAGGGAAGGUCGCGCUGCUUUGAUGACGUCUUUCUGUGUGUUUAAAUUUAUGGCACUAUAUAGCAUCAUACAGUACUUCAGCGUUACUCUGCUGUACUCUAUCUUGAGUAACCUUGGAGACUUUCAGUUUCUCUUCAUUGAUCUGGCAAUCAUUUUGGUAGUAGUAUUUACAAUGAGUUUAAAUCCUGCCUGGAAAGAGCUUGUGGCACAGAGACCACCCUCAGGCCUUAUAUCCGGGGCGCUCCUCUUCUCCGUCUUGUCUCAGAUCAUCAUCUGCGUUGGAUUUCAGUCACUGGGGUUUUUCUGGGUCAAGCAGUAUAAAGUGUGUGAUCCAUAUUCAGAUGUUUGUAAUAUAACAAGAAGUGCGUGUUGGAACUCAUCACACUUAUACAAUGGAACUGAACUUGAUACAUGUAAAAUACAAAAUUAUGAAAAUACCACAGUGUUUUUUAUCUCCAGUUUUCAGUACCUCACAGUGGCAAUUGCCUUUUCAAAAGGAAAACCAUUCAGGCAGCCUUGCUAUAAGAAUUAUUUUUUUGUUAUAUCUGUGAUUAUUUUGUAUGUUUUCAUAUUAUUCAUCAUGUUGCACCCAGUUGCCUCUGUUGACCAGGUUCUUGAGAUUAUGUUUGUACCAUACCAGUGGCGUAUAUAUAUGCUUAUCAUUGUUCUGAUCAAUGCCUUCGUGUCUAUCACAGUAGAGAGCUUCUUCCUUGACACGGUCCUUUGGAAACUUGUGUUCAAUCGAGACAAACAAGGAGAGUGUCGUUCCACCACCACACAGCCACCACAGGAGUCAGUGGAUCGAUGGGGAAAAUGCUGCUUGUCCUGGGCCCUAAGUUGUAGAAAGAAGACACCAAAAGCAAAGUACAUGUACCUGGCACAGGAGCUCUUGUUUGAUCCAGAAUGGCCGCCUAAGCCUCAGACAACGACGGAAGCCAAAACUGUAGUAAAGGAGAAUGGAUCCUGCCAGAUCAGCACCAUAACCUAGCGAACGAAGGCAGUC